AUUAAAUCAAACUCUAUUCUUUUCGAAAGAAUAGAAAGAAAUUUGGUCUCCUCAUCUUUUCUUGAUUUUUUGUCUUCACCCAAUUAUCUUCACGUGAGCCCACCCCCCAACUCACCCAUCUACGUAGGUUGCCUGUCCACCUAAACUAGGGCCAAGAUUCAGAUCUUCGGCUUCCUUCUGAUUUGAUUAUACUUUUACUUCCCAGUUUGGGCUCCACAAUGCCACCACCGCUUAAACCACCUCCGGCCACUGUUCCCGCCGGCCAUUCGUGACCAAUCCGCCUAAAGUAGUUCAAGAUUCAAUCUUUGUAUACUUUCACUUCUUGUUUUGGGCUCUAUAAUGCCACUUCCACUGCCUCCCUCCACCGUCUCCGCCGCCCAUUCUUGUAUCACCCCCACCCCACUAACCUAGUUAGUCCACACAAACUAGUUCAAGAUUCAGAUUUUUUAUACUCUCACUUCUCAUUCUGGGCUCCACAAUGCCACAACCACCUUCCACCACCAUCUCCACCGCUGCAGCUGCCGUGCUUCUCUCAUUCUUGAUGACCUUAGCUCAUAGCUGCUCACCUCCACUGUCUAAAGACGCCAAAAUUUCAUGCCCACCUUUCAAAUCCAUACCCCCUUUUCCUUUCUCAUUCUCAUCUGGCUGUGGCCACCCAUUUUUCCAACUCCACUGUUCAUCUUCUCACACCACCAUUUCCAUCAAUAACAUCUCAUUCUCUCUACUGCAGUAUGAACCAAACUCCACCUCUCUCACUCUCUCUCCUACAACGUCGUCAGCUCUGCCACCGUACCGCCACCACAACUGUUCUUCUCCCCACACUAUAUCCACUCUCAACAGAUCUAUAUCACUCACUGGUUCCCCAUUUAGAGUCUCUGAUUCUUCUUGUUCCCGCCUUUCGGCCCUUAAACCUUGCCCGCCUCCAAAUCUCCCAAACUGCAGCCGCUGCUCCUGGGAAUGUAAUCUCAUCAAGAACCCUCUUCACCUCCUCCAUGACUGUGGCUCUUCCACGCGCCACCGAGAAGACUUUCAACCGGAAUGCCAAAGCGACGUACUUGGAGUUCUUGAAAACAUUUUGAGAAUAGGAUUUGAGGUUGAGUGGGAUGAAGACCAAGACGUGUACUUUUCUAGCUGCAAAUCCUGCAGGGCCAGCAAUGGCUUUUGUGGGUUCAAUUCAACAGACCCAAAGAAGCCGUUCGUAUGUUUCCCAUCUCAAACAAGAAUCAAACAGAAAAGUCCAAAUCGAAUUGCUGUAUUAUCUAUAAUUUUCUUGUUUAUGUGUUUCUUAAUUGCCGUUUCUAUUGGAACUGUGUUCUUCCGGUCAAGAAGAAAUGCACUGAUGGCUGCAGAGGAAGAUCCUACAAUAAUCUUCCUCCGGCGCCACCGUUCUGCUAGUCUUCUCCCACCAGUUUUCACCUAUGAAGAGCUCGAGUCCUCUACCAAUAGAUUCGACCCGAAGCGCAAAAUUGGGGAUGGAGGAUUUGGUUCAGUGUAUUUAGGUCAGCUUUAUGAUGGUCGUAUAGUUGCAGUAAAGCAUCUCCACAAGCACAAUCCCGCAACAGCUGCUGGAGCUAAAGGAUUCUCAACAAAGUCAUUUUGCAAUGAAAUAUUGAUUUUGUCCUCGAUUAACCACCCCAAUUUAGUCAAGCUUCAUGGCUAUUGCAGUGAUCCAAGAGGCCUUCUCUUGGUGUAUGAUUAUGUGCCCAAUGGCACUUUAUCUGAUCAUCUCCAUGGUAAGAAGAGUUUGUACCAAAAAGGGGCGUUAAAGUUAACAUGGAAUACAAGAGUUGACAUCGCGAUGCAAACUGCCAUGGCUAUUGAAUACUUGCACUUUUCAGUAGUUCCACCGGUAGUUCAUAGAGAUAUUACUUCGUCAAACAUUUUUGUAGAGAAGGAUAUGAGAGUGAAAGUUGGGGAUUUCGGGCUUUCGAGGCUUUUAGUAUGCUCAGAAACGUCAAUGGCGUCGAACAAUUCUUCUGAAGGAGUUUGGACAGGUCCUCAAGGUACUCCGGGCUAUUUAGAUCCCGAUUAUUACAGAUCAUUCAGGUUGAAUGAAAAGAGUGAUAUUUACAGUUUUGGGGUGGUGUUAUUGGAGUUGAUAACGGGCAUGAGAGCAGUGGAUCAGAAUCGGGAUAAGACGGAAAUGGCAUUGGCGGACAUGGUGGUGCCAAGGAUACAAAUGGGAUUGUUGAACCAAGUUGUGGAUCCUGUACUAGUCGUAGACGGGGAGGCGAUGGAGGGAGUUGGCGCCAUGGCAGAAUUGGCAUUUCGGUGCGUUGCGGCCGAUAAAGACGAUCGGCCGGAUGCCAGAGAGGUGGCGGCAGAGCUAAGGAGGAUUAAGGGCCGUGGCUUCGGCGGUGGCAUGUUGAGGGGUUCAAAUUCUAGUAGUGUCGUGGUUCCUGAUGGGGCAGGGCUUAUGGUUUGAAUGGAUUUGACAAUCUGUCUACGCACAUGCGUGGGAUAUGGUUGACCGAACAAAGGUGUCGUGUUUCGUUGGUUUGUGAAAAAUUCAAAAUAGAACGUUAACAUAUCUAAUAGGCUGUCGUUUUUUUACCUCUAUUGAUUGAAUCAUGCCCUGUCCUUGAAUUUCAAGUUUGGAUUUCUGUUCUUGUUUUUUA